AUGCCCCAUUCGUUCUUGUUCGGGCACCUUCUCAUUGCCGCCAAAGUGGCGAUGAAAGCACCUCCUGACUUGGCGAACUCACUGGUCCCAUAUAUGAUCUCCCUCGAGCAUCCCGAGAUAGCCAAGCAUGGGUACUUCUACCUGGAUAUGUGGCCUGUGGCAUCGCAGAUAUUGGCCGUGUCUCACCCCGACAUGAUGGUACAGUUCUGCCAGGACACGUCGUUUGCCAAACAUACGCAAAUGCCGUUCGAGUUCGGCCCGCUCACGCACGGCGUGGAUCUGGUCACAUCUAACGGCCAGCACUGGAAGACGUGGCGAAGUAUUUUUAACCCAGCCUUUUCGUCCAAGAACAUUCAGGGUUAUGUGCCCGCCAUGUUGGAAGAGUACAAGGUCUUCCGAGCCAAGCUGGAAGCUUACGCGCUCAAUGGGAAGACGAUCAAGAUGGACCAGUCAACCAUGGCCCUGACGGUGGACAUCAUUGGGCACGCUGUUCUCGGCGCCGACCUGCAUGCUCAGACUACGGGCUGCGAUAUCUUCGAUGCACUAAAACGACAGAUUGCUCUGCUACUUGUCGAUUACUCACCAGAAGGUCUAGGGAAGCUACUGAAUCCGAUAAGGCAGUUUCAUAUCUGGAACAACAACCGCAUAAUGAAGAAAGGCAUUCUACCAUACAUCCUUGAGGGCAUCCGCAACGAGGAUCGCAAAGAAGGCAGCAAAACCAUGCACAGCCUUGCGGUGAGGUCGUAUCGGAAGGAACACUCGGCCGUCGAGGGAGAGAUUGAUUCACGCUGGAUUGAUGUGGCGGUUGACCAGUUCAAGAUGCUGCUCUUCGCCGGUCAUGACACGGUUAGCAGCACCAUUUGUUUCGUGUUGGCGUUGCUGCAUUUCCAUCCCGAAGAAAUGGCCAAGGUACGGCAAGAGCUUGAGGAGGUUCUCGGACCUGAUGCCGCAGCUGGUCAGGAUGCCAUUGCACGAACACCUGAAAUCCUCAACCAGCUGGUGUACUUGAACGCCGUAAUCAAGGAGACACUACGGCUGUUUGGUCCGGUCAGUGGUAGCGUCCGGCAAGCCACUGAGGGUCAGCACAUCUAUCAUCAUGAGACCGGCAAAGCUCUACCGCUGUGGGAUCUGAUGCUGUUUAGCCACCAGGCGCAGCUGCAUCGAGACGAGAAAUUCUGGCCGCGGCCUCAUGAUUUCAUUCCCGAACGCUUCACCGCACGAGAAGGCGACGAGCUAUACCCACACAAGAAUACUUUUCGGCCCUUUGAGAUGGGCAGCCGGAACUGCAUCGGACAGGAGUUCGCCAUGACUGAACUGCGCUUGACGCUGGCUCUGAGUCUGCUUGACAUGGAUUUUGAACCCAUGUAUCCCAAAGAUGGACCAAAAUACUUCGGGACCAUACUCUACCAAACGUCGCCGCCAGAGGAGAUCACAAUGCAUCCCAAAGACGGCAUGCCAAUGAAGGUGUCGUUUCGGAAGAAGGCGUGA